AGUAGAGGAAAAACCACCGAAUUGAGCUCUGUCAGAGUCGCUUUCGGCUUGCAAGGGGAAGUGCUGGGCAAUAAUUAAUGUUUUUAUUAAAUUUGGAGGGAAUUUUUUGCAGCCGUUCGCCCAGCGUGGCCUUCAGUCCCGUUAGGUGCAAAGCAAGUCUCGCUGAUCGCCAUUGCUAGUUUUGCACACGUUUGCGAAUCAGAGCUGCCCGGGGUACACCGACCGCGCAGGGAAACAUCGAGAGUGUAAAUAAAUACAUCGCCUCUUGUUCGGAUUUUUGCUACUACCGAAAAUAUGUAAAUUGUGAACUCUCUGGGCUCUCUUUGGAUCCAGGUUGAUAGAAGUCCAGAUCCCGAGGAAAUCUCCAGCUAAAUGCUCAAAAUAUAAAAUACUGGGCUAAUAUUUGCGAAGAGCAGCAGAAUGGAUGGAUUUUAUGACCAGCAAGUGCCUUACAUGGUCACCAAUAGUCAGCGUGGGAGAAAUUGUAACGAGAAACCAACAAAUGUCAGGAAAAGAAAAUUCAUUAACAGAGAUCUGGCUCAUGAUUCAGAAGAACUCUUUCAAGAUCUAAGUCAAUUACAGGAAACAUGGCUUGCAGAAGCUCAGGUACCUGACAAUGAUGAGCAGUUUGUGCCAGACUAUCAGGCUGAAAGUUUGGCUUUUCAUGGCCUACCACUGAAAAUCAAGAAAGAACCCCACAGUCCAUGUUCAGAACUCAGCUCUGCCUGCAGUCAAGAACAGCCCUUUAAAUUCAGCUAUGGAGAAAAGUGCCUGUACAAUGUCAGUGCCUAUGAUCAGAAGCCACAAGUGGGAAUGAGGCCCUCCAACCCCCCCACACCAUCCAGUACUCCAGUGUCCCCACUACAUCAUGCAUCUCCAAACUCAACUCACACUCCGAAACCUGACCGGGCCUUCCCAGCUCACCUCCCUCCAUCGCAAUCCAUACCAGAUAGCAGCUACCCUAUGGACCACAGAUUUCGCCGCCAGCUUUCUGAACCCUGUAAUUCCUUUCCUCCUUUGCCGACAAUGCCAAGGGAAGGACGUCCUAUGUACCAACGCCAGAUGUCUGAGCCAAACAUCCCUUUCCCACCACAAGGCUUUAAGCAGGAGUACCAUGACCCGGUAUAUGAACAUAACACCAUGGUUGGAGGUGCCGCCAGCCAAAGCUUCCCCCCUCCUCUGAUGAUUAAACAGGAACCCAGAGACUUUGCAUAUGAUUCAGAAGUGCCUAGCUGCCACUCCAUUUACAUGAGGCAAGAAGGCUUCCUGGCUCAUCCCAGCAGAACAGAAGGGUGUAUGUUUGAAAAGGGUCCCAGGCAGUUUUAUGAUGACACCUGUGUUGUGCCAGAGAAAUUUGAUGGGGAUAUCAAACAAGAGCCAGGGAUGUAUCGGGAAGGACCCACGUACCAACGGCGAGGAUCACUUCAGCUCUGGCAGUUUUUGGUAGCUCUUCUGGACGACCCUUCAAAUUCUCAUUUCAUUGCCUGGACUGGUAGAGGCAUGGAAUUUAAGCUGAUUGAGCCUGAAGAGGUGGCCCGGCGUUGGGGCAUUCAGAAAAACAGGCCAGCUAUGAACUAUGAUAAACUUAGCCGCUCACUUCGAUAUUAUUAUGAGAAGGGAAUCAUGCAAAAGGUGGCUGGAGAGAGAUAUGUCUACAAGUUUGUGUGUGAUCCAGAAGCCCUUUUCUCCAUGGCCUUUCCAGAUAAUCAGCGCCCACUGCUGAAGACAGACAUGGAGCGUCACAUCAAUGAGGAGGACACAGUGCCUCUGUCUCACUUUGAUGAGAGCAUGGCCUACAUGCCUGAAGGGGGCUGCUGCAACCCUCAUCCCUACAACGAAGGCUAYGUGUACUAACAUGAGUGACAGUCAAGGGGGCAUCCUCGUGCUUUCUCUCUUUCUGCGAGAUAUAGAGAAUCACUGAAUUCUCUUCAGUCUUUGUUUUAUUUUUGUUGUUUGUAUUUUAUUUUAAAAUAAUAAUACAAAGGGGGCUUUUCCUGUUGCAUUAUUCUAUGGUCUGCCAUGGACUGCGCACUUUAUUUGAGGGUGGGUGGGAGUAAUCUAAACAUUUAUUCUGUGUAACAGGAAGGUAAUGGGUGAAUGGGCAGAGGGAUUUGGGGAUUACUUUUUACUUAGGCUUUGGGAUGGGGUCCUACAGGUUUUAAGUAUGAAGCUAUAUUGUGUCUGUCGAUUUCAUAAUAACAUAAGAUAAUGUUCAUUUUCUCUGGAUACCUAUGGUACAGUUAAUUUCACAUUGUGUAAAUAUCCACUUGGAGACUAUUUGCCUUUGAGCAUUUUCCCCCGUCAUUUCUGAGGCUCUGCAGGUGUACAAAAAACCUACUGUAAAUGGCAGUUUAAUUGUUAGGAAUGACUGUUUUUGCACCUCUUGUAAAAAGGUGUUUAGUGAUUGCAUUUGCCUUUUGUUUUAUUUUGUUUUGUUUGCUUUAUAUAUGACUCGUAGAGGAUAACCACGCAAGUGGGCAGUUCUCUCUGAAACUGAGUAAUCACCAUGACUGUAAAUGAGGGGCACAGUUUUGGACUCUGGCUCCAAUCUGAGCCAUAGGCCAGUAGCAUUACACGUUAUCUGGUGCCACCUUGCUCUUUAGUUACAUAUCAUACUGUCUUUUAAGUAUUUUUGAAGCCUGUUUCAGUUAAAUAGUGACAUGUCAUGGUCCUUUGGAAUCUUCAUUUAUAUGUUAAAUCUGGGAUCACAAUGAAGCAAAAAAUAUCUGUCUCCUUUCUCUUCYUCCAGUACAUAAAUACAUUAUUUAAUCAAUAAGAAUUAACUGUACUAAAUCACAUAUUAUGCUGUUCUAGUUACAGCAAGCACUCUUUAAGAAAAAUAUCCACUACACUAAAUAGGUACUAUAGUAAUUUUUAGACAUGGUACCCGUUGAUAUGCAUUUAAACGUUUUACUGCUGUGUUAUGUUGAUAACAUAUAUAAAUAUUAGAUAAUGCUAAUGCUUCUGCUGCUGUCUUUUCUGUAAUAUUCUCUUUCAUGCUGAAUUUACUAUGACCAUUUAUAAGCAGUGCAGUUAACUACAGAUAGCAUUUCAGGACAAAAUAGAUGACUCAAACCAUUUAUUGCUUAAAAAAUAGCUUAUGCCAUGCCAUGCUAUGCUAUGAGCAGCUUUUAUGCACAUUGACAAAUGAAGAGUAAGCUUCAGCUUGCUAAGGGAAACUGUGGAAACUUUUGUAACUUUUGGUGAAAUGGAAAAUUACAAACUGUCAAAGAAUAUGAGGAAGUUUGCUGUAUGACAUAGUGCUGGCACUGAUAUUAUCCAUCAUCUCGUUUUGGACACUCCUGUAAAUGUGACUGGAUUGUUUGAAAGAAGAUUUAAAGAUUUGAAGUUUGAAAGAUUUUGUUUUGUAUUUUGUUUUGCAUUUGGAGAAAAUAAUCGAAGGCAGGACUUGUUCCAUUCACUCUGAAAGAACCAUAAGUAAAUGGUAUCUCUGAAUAGCUUGUUAAGAAUCAAGCAAGUGACAUGAAUUUUGUUCAAUCCAUUAAUAUCCUAGAAGCAUUUUUUCAGAGUCUAUAGCAAAAUGUUWAAAAAAAAUCCUAUACAUGAAGCCAAAAUAGACCUAUGAAAGCAUUUCAUGAUAAGCACCAGAAAGACUAUUUAAAGAUGGUCUCUUGCUACCCAUUACUGCACAGAUCACAGCUAUUUCUCUAAAUAGUUAUUGGGGAACCSACAUGCCAAAAUCAAUACUAUUCACAUUAUUCCUACAAAAAAAUUCUACUUCAACAUAUGUAUGUAACCUGUGAUCUCAACKAUUGUUCUAUAUACUCGUCACCUAUCAUUUGGCCCUUUAUGGGCUAAUAAGUAUGCCUUAAAAAUAAGAAACUAUUUUUUUUCUUUUAAACCCCACUAUGCUCAUGUGGCCAUUUGCAACACUUAGAACAAAAACAGAUUUAAAAAUAUUCAGUGGAAAUUUUAUUGGAAAGAAAAUGGUUAUAUGAGACAUUUGGUGAAACUGAAGAGAAAACUUAGUGGGUCAUUAAAAUAUGUUUUAAAUGAAAGUCAUAUUGAGGAUUUUUUUYYYYUYCYUUUUUUUUGUUCCUUUUUUUCUUUUUAUAUUCUAACUCUAGUCAGUCAGUGAGGAAGAAUUAGGCCAUGAGUUAUCUUAAGGGAUCAAAGAAAGAAAUGGCAUUCAUUAUAUAAUAUUUAAGGACAGACUACAUAUUGCUGUUUAUGGUAGUGACUCACUGAACUAAAUAAGUAAUUGGCCUACAGAAAAUAUAUUUCCAAUACAGAAGGGUUCAAAAUAUUGCAUUAUAAACUCUUUUGGGAAAUGUAUCAACUUUUUUUGUUUUUAUUUUUUAUGUUUGGAUUUUAUUCUACUUUUUGUUUGGUUGUAUUUUUAUGUUUUUUUAAAUUUUCAGGUAGAUUAAUAAAUCUGGCAGCUGAUUUCUGCAAGAUUCUCGUGUUUUGAAUUUCUAAUUGAAUUGGCUAUUCUAACAUAGAAAUUUGAAAUAAUGUCUUCUUUCCCCUUUGUAAGAUAAACUAAAUGGAGUAUCUCCACUAGUAUUCACUGCCUCUUGUUGAUGACAUGCUAAUAUCCAACAGAUUAACUACAAAGAAUUUUAUAUCUCAAAUAACUAAUGAAAAAAUGCUUUUUCUCAAUUUAUACCUAUUUAAAUAUACCUGAAAACAAAAAUACACAAAGCAGGCAAUGCAGAGCAUUUUUCUCAAAUCACAGAAGAACCUUAGAGAUCAGUUUCCUGAAGAUAUUCUGUAAGUUAUAGUAACUUUAGUAAUUCAACACAAGAUUAUUCUAGUUCUGGAAAUACGAAGUCUAACAUUAGCCUAUAGAGCCAAAACCAAGGUGUUUUAGGGCCAGUUCUUAAGCCAAGAUGUCUGUAGGACUGGCUCCUUUUGGAGGCAAUCCUUGUUGUCCCUGCUUCAGGAGGCUGCCAGUAUCUCUUGGCUCCUACCUAUAUCAUGUCAAUCUCUAUUUCACUAGUUACAUCCCUUCUAUAGUCAAAUCUUCUUCUGCAAUCUUAAGGAUACCUGUGAUUAUACUUAGAUUUUACCAGCUAACUCAAGCUUAUCUCCCCCAUCUCAAGAUCCUUAUUCACAUGUGCCAAGUCCCUUUUGCCAGAGAAAUUUUUCAUAGGUUUUGGGGAUUAGCAUGUGGGCAUGGGAGGGGACCAAGGAAACCUGUUAUCCAGCCUAAUAUAAUGAAGACCCUGUGUAGCAAAAAUGCUAACUUAUUUACUCAAGGACAAAGAAAAGUUCUAUCAAGGAAUCUAAGUUUAGUAUUAUGAAAUGUUUCCAUUUACUAUUAAGAUACUCUGACCCUUAUACUUCAUAGUUUUGAAAGCUUGCUAUAUUAAAGUUUACUAUUCCACUAGUCCAUCUGAUAAUCACUUCAAUUUAUUAUAUUAUUCAGAUCACCCCUUCACUGCAGGUAAACAUUGUAUAAU